AUGUCAUACACCAUCCUCAUCUCUGGCGCCAACAGCGGCCUCGGUCUGUCCCUGCUGGAAAGAUAUCUCAGUCGCCCUGACACCACAGUCAUAGCCACUGUCCGCGACCCCACCAAACAACAAUCCCUCCACGACAUCCCCAAGGCAUCUGGCUCCAAACUCAUCAUCGUCAAGGUCGAAUCUAGAUCCGACACCGAUGCCCUCGAAGCCGUUUCCAGCAUCUCCAACCAAGGAAUCAACCACCUCGACGUCGUGAUUGCGAAUGCAGGAUACUAUACCCCUCCUGCUGACCCCAAGGUUGCCAAAAUCACCGCUAAGGACUUACUUGAGCAUGUGGAUGUGAAUACCGCUGGCCCCAUCAGAUUGUUCCAGGCGACUUUGCCGCUGCUCCAGAAAGCAGAGAAGCCUAUCUUCGCUUACAUGUCUUCGAUGGCUGGAUCUAUCGGUGCUACUGGAGAUGUUCCAUUCUCGGCUGGUGUUUAUGGUGCGAGUAAGGCGGCUUCGAACUUUUUGGUCAGAAGGGCUCAUGCAGAACAUCCGGAGUUGAUUAUCUUUGCUAUGCAUCCUGGAGCUGUUGCGACCGUGGGUGCACUCAAGGUUGUUGAGAGUAUGGGCAUGGCAGAUCUGGUCGACAACCCUGAUGUCUUUACCACUCUUGAAAAGAGUACCACUGGAAUGGUUGAGAGAAUCGACACUGCAACCAGAGAGGAGACCUCGGGCAAGUUCUUGUCCUUUGACGGCUCGGCUCUGCCAUGGUAG